GUGAUGCUCUUAAGAACGCGAUCAAGAUCCGCGUUUCCUCUCUUCUUCUGACACUACAGAGAGUGUGUUCAUUUGUAAGUAGGGCUGUCAGAGAUACGCUUAUUCAGUCACCCACCGCUAUUACCAACAGGACUGACUGGGAUUAUUGGAUUCUCUGCGCUCUGCUGGCUCUGUUACCGCUAUGGGCUCAGUGUGAGUGAAGGGACAAAGUCUUUGAUAUAUAUAUUUGGCUAUUUGUCAGUUUCUCCAAUGCAAACGGAAAUAUGUGGCAAAGCUUCGUUUUACUCUUCACCGGUUUGCUUGGGUUGUGUUCAUGUUCAAGUUUCCCAAGUAACAUCAACAUAGGAGGUUUGUUUCCAACCGACUCCCAUGAAUACGACGUGUUCCGUUUCGCGCUCUCUCAACACAAUGAUCUUCCUAAACUGGUACCCCAAGUGGACAUGGUGGACACGGGGAGCAGCUUUGCCAUGACAUACGCCUUUUGUUCCCAGUUCUCCAAAGGAGUCUACGCCAUCAUCGGCCUGUAUGACAGGAAGACCAUGAACAUGCUGAUGUCAUUCUGUGGCGCUCUACAUGUGUGCUUCAUCACCCCCAGCUUCCCCAUCAAUACCAACAACCAGUUUGUGAUCCAGCUGAGACCUGAGCUCCAGGAUGCUCUGAUCGCCCUUGUCGAGCACUACAAGUGGACCAAGUUCGUCUACAUGUACAGCUCCAACUCAGGUCUGACGGUGUUGCAAAAGAUCUUGGACACUGCUGCUGAAAAGACCUGGCAGGUGACAUCCAUAAACUUUGACACUCUGACAGAGGUGGCAUUCUUGAAAACCAUCCAAGAUCUGGAUCUGAAGAAGGAGUACAGGGUCAUUCUGGACUGUGAGCUGGAGAGACUCAACUCCAUCUUAAACUUGAUUGCGGCACAAAAAAAGAACUUGAAGAACUACCAUUUCAUACUAGCAAACCUGGGAUUUCUGGAUCUUAAUCUCACAGAGUUCAGGAACGGCGGUGCCAAUGUGACAGGCUUCCAGCUCAUGAACUACACAAACCCUACUGUCAGCAGGACAAUACAGCACUGGCUGGAGUUUGACAGUAAAGACUUGAAAAGUCCCAAAAGGAGGCUCAAGUACACUGGAGCGCUUACAUAUGACGGGGUGACUGUCAUGGCCACGGCCUUCCAGAACCUGAGAAAGCAGCACAUUGAUAUAUCUCGCAGGGGGAAUGCAGGAGAGUGUCUGGCUAACCCUCCUGCACCCUGGGGCCAAGGCAUCGACAUUCAGAGAGCCCUACAGCAGGUGCAAUUUGAAGGGCUUACAGGACAUAUUCAGUUUAAUGAAAAAGGACAUCGCACCAACUUUACUGUCAGCGUGAUGGAACUUGGCCCAAACGGACCCAAGAAAGUGGGCUACUGGAACCAACGUGAAAAAUACGUGAACACAGCUACUUACAGCAACAUGCUCAAUGAGACGUUUGGACUGCAAAACAGGACCUACAUAGUCACCACCAUCUUGGAGUCUCCAUAUGUGAUGCUGAAGAAGAACCAUGAGCAGCUAGUGGGAAAUGACAAAUAUGAAGGUUAUUGUGUGGAGCUGGCUGCAGAGAUCGCCAAGCACGUGGGCUAUUCCUACAGGCUAGAACUAGUGGGGGACGGAAAGUAUGGAGCCAGAGACUCAGAGACAAUGAUGUGGAAUGGGAUGGUUGGAGAACUAGUGUAUGGGAAAGCAGACGUGGCUGUCGCCCCCCUCACCAUCACUUUGGUCAGAGAGGAGGUCAUUGAUUUCUCCAAGCCCUAUAUGAGCUUAGGUAUAUCUAUCAUGAUCAAGAAGCCCACCAAGUCCAAACCAGGUGUCUUCUCCUUCCUGGACCCAUUGGCGUACGAGAUCUGGAUGUGCAUUGUGUUUGCCUACAUUGGCGUGAGUGUGGUGCUGUUCCUGGUGAGUCGCUUCAGUCCAUACGAGUGGCAUGCAGAUGACGAAGAGGAAGAAACGGAGCAGCAAAACCAAAACCAGAACCGACCACCAUCACCAGAAUCCAACCAGUCGCCAAACCAGGACGCUCAGAAUCAGAAUCAGAGAGAGGAGAAGCAACCUGAACACACCAAUGAAUUUGGGAUCUUCAAUAGCCUGUGGUUUUCCCUGGGAGCCUUCAUGCAGCAAGGAUGUGAUAUCUCACCAAGAUCUCUCUCUGGUCGUAUAGUUGGAGGUGUGUGGUGGUUCUUCACUCUGAUUAUCAUCUCCUCCUACACGGCCAACCUGGCUGCCUUCCUCACUGUGGAAAGGAUGGUGUCACCCAUCGAGAGUGCUGAGGAUCUGGCUAAGCAAACAGAGAUUGCCUAUGGGACUCUGGAUGGAGGAUCCACCAAAGAGUUCUUCAGGAGAUCAAAGAUCGCAGUUUUUGAGAAGAUGUGGUCCUACAUGAAAUCUGCAGACCCUUCUGUAUUUGUGAAGACGACAGACGAAGGUGUCGUACGGGUGAGAAAGUCCAAAGGGAAGUAUGCUUAUCUGCUGGAGUCCACAAUGAACGAAUACAUUGAGCAGCGCAAGCCAUGUGACACCAUGAAGGUGGGAGGAAACCUGGACUCAAAGGGCUAUGGAAUAGCAACACCCAAAGGAUCUGCCCUGAGAAUCCCCGUAAACCUAGCGGUGUUGAAACUCAAUGAGCAAGCCGUCUUAGACAAACUGAAAAACAAAUGGUGGUACGAUAAGGGGGAGUGUGGAAGCAAGGACUCCGCCAGAAAGGAUAAGACCAGCGCUCUGAGCCUCAGUAAUGUGGCUGGAGUUUUCUACAUUCUGAUUGGUGGGCUUGGGCUGGCCAUGUUGGUAGCCCUGGUUGAGUUCUGUUACAAAUCCAGAAUCGAGUCUCAAAGGAUGAAGCAAAUCAUUGACGCGGCCAUGCUCAGCCCCACACUGGCUAGGAUGGGCACUGGUGGCGAGAACGGACGUGUGAUGGCCCAUGACUUCCCCAAAUCAGCACAGACUCUGCCCUGUAUGGGCCAGGCAGCUGCCAUGGGCCUCAGCACCACUGGGAUGUAAACGGCCAUCAGCCUCUCCGAGAUAUGGGGACAUCAGGAGAUCGCUGGAAAGAGUGGGAAAAAGCAGACACUGCAGCGUACAGCUCACCUGCCACUGAAGUACUGCCAAAUGGAUUCUGGGACACACUCUGGGCUCCAAAUCAAAUUAGAUAAGAGGGAGGAAAAUUACUUUUCUAAUAUUAAAAUGUUUAUUUCUUUUCUUUUGGAACUACUCUGGUGCAAUAAGGAGACCAUGUGUGCGGUGUUUUUGUAUGAGCAUCAUUUUUGACAAAACUGAGAGGUUUUCCUCAAUCACAUAAAUGACUGACGAUUGAACUGCAGUGUUUCUUUAUUGUCUUGUUUCCCCCAAAUAAUUUCUAAAUGUGUUUAUUUUAUUAUUUUCAUCUGCCUUAUCAUAUAUCUUUGACACACAUCUCUGGAACAUUUUUGCCCAAAGUACUCUUCAUCCAUAGUUACAUCAUUAUUUAUCAGAUAGUUAAAGGAAUAGUUCAAUCAAAAAUGAAAAUUUGCUGUCUAACAUGUUCUGUGAAUGAAUUUGUCUUUUUAUUGGAAGAGAUUUGGAGAAAUUUAGCAUUACGUCAUUUGCCAAUGGAUCCUCUGCAGUGAAUGGGUGCCAUCAUAAUGAGAGUUCAAAAAAACUCAAUAAAAAUAUCACAAUAAUCGACAACUAAUCCACAUGAUUCCAGUCCAUCAAUUAAUGUCUUGUGAAGUGAAAAGCUGCAUUAGUUCAUUGACUGGAGUCGUGCUGAAUAUGAUGUGGAUGAUGGCACCCAUUCACUGCAGAAUAUCCAUUGGUGAGCAAGUGAUGUAAUGCUAAAUUUCUCCAAACCUAUUCCAAUGAAGAAAUAAACUCAUCUACUUCUUGAAUGGCCUGAGGGUGAGUACAUUUUUUGUUAAUUUUCCAUUUUUGGGGUGACCUUGGGGUGAAGUGUGCAAUCUCUGAAAAACAACAAACAAAUAGUCUAAAUUAAACAAAAAAAUUGGGUUAGGAUGCUGACUAAAAAGUGUUUAAUUGCCUUGAGAAAGUAUUCUUAAAUAUUCUUUUUUUUUAUUAUUCACGUUUUAUGUUGCUGCCUUUUGUUAACCUGCUUUAAAUAAACAUUUUCCCACAUCA